GGGCGCGGCGGGCGGGGGGCGUGGUGGCGGAUGAACUGGGAAAAGCCACCGCCCGCGGGGACCUGCAGCGCCUCAGGGAGCUGCUGGACGGAGCGGCGGACCCCAGCUCCCUCAACUCCUACGGCAGGACCCCCAUGCAAGUAGGAAGGCGGACUAUUGGCAGCUGGGCGAGGGCAGCGACCCUCCGUCGCAGCCCCGGGGCAGCAGCGGGCCCUCCGGUGCCCCGGAGGCGGCCGUGCCCCCGUCACUGCGCUGGGCUGCUGUCGAGGCGGUGUGGCACAGGGGUUCUUCUCGCCUCUCUGGGAAGGAGAAAGGCUUCUCUGAUGACGGCCACAACAGGGAGGUUUUAGUCUUAGCAACCCUUUACUUUAUUUGAACCGAGAUAGGAUGACUCAAAUCCAAGAACUUUAAUGCUCAUCUCGCAAUAAACGUGCAAUAAAAUAUGGCAACUCACGUUUGCAGAAAUAAUGUCCCCUUCGUUAUACCUCGUCUUCUGCUUUAUACGACUGUUAGUAUUUUUUGUCAGUUUUAUGGAAAAAAAAAAUAUUCUGUGGCUCCCACAAACAGAAACACCCGGUCACGAUAGCCUUGCCCAGGUGACGCUGCAGGUAGACAACGAGCAAUCCCUGUGGGGCUCUGUCUGCCCACAUUUUAUGUGAACGUGUGGGUAGAGAUAGUGCCCUGCGGUGUAGUAGAGGUUAAAUUUUUUAAGGCUGAGUUAAUUUUCGAGGUGGUUUUAGACAGCAGAUUUUAUUUUUCUUAAAAUUUCAAAAUAAAACGAAACUGGAAUAAUCUGAGAAGCUAUAUAUAAGUUUUCCUGCCAGUCCUUGUGAAAUCCUCUCCUACAAAAUGUCGGUGGGAGCAUUUCACUCGAAACAGGUAUUUCUCGCCGUCCUCCAGUGCUUUUGCUUUUUUGUUUUUGGGGAUGUUUUUCCCCAAUUUUUGCAGGAGGGACUCAGCCCCUGAACUCACUGCUGGGUGCGCUAGGGGAGACUUUGAAAAUGGUGAGCCCGAGAUGAAGGGCUGCCGGACAUGUUUGCCCUGUCCUGGACAAAUGGGUCAGCAAAGGUUCAUUCCCUCCGGGAGAGGGAAGCGCGGGUGCGGCACCGCAGACACGGUGCAUUAUGCCCUGCAUUACGCGUCUGCCCUUGCCAAGGAUACCGUGGAGAAAUGCCACCCACGAGUGGAACGACGGCGGUCCCCGCGAGCUGCUGCACCGGCACAGUCCUGCAGGGACCAGUGCAAAGCAACUUCGACUUGCCCUGGCUUUCUGUGGAAGCGCGUCAGCAGAAGGGCGGGUCCCUUCCCCGGGUUCAUCUGCUCCGAGCCUACCGACCCCCGCCGGCUCCUGUCGCGGAGCAGCCCCACUGUGCAUCCACACACCCCGAUCCCGACAGGGGUCCCGCACAUCUCUGCCCUACCUGUUCCUUCCUGUCCCCUGGCGUGGAUAAAGAAGUUUUCCCAAUUCGGCACAGCUCCCCCGACGGGUACAUGUUCUCCACCGUUCGUGGCACGUCUGGAGCCGAUCUCUAUGCUUCUCCCGCGGACUUUCAUCUCCUUUCCACUGCGGAUCCCCUUUCCUUCGGGGAGAGAGGAAGCUUGAGCUCUACAGCGGCCGCUGCAUCCCCGCAGGUGAUGAUGCUGGGCAGCCCGCGGGUGGCCGAGCUGCUGCUGCGGCGCGGAGCCGACCCCAAUCGCCCCGACCCUCGCACCGGCUGCCUCCCGGUUCACGACGCGGCCCGCGCCGGCUUUCUGGAGACCCUGGCUGUGCUGCACCGGGCCGGGGCGCACCUCCACCUGCCCGACGGCCGCGGCCGCCUGCCCCUCGACGUGGCGGCGGGGGGCCCGCACGGAGCGGUGGGGCGAUACCUGCGCGACCCGCGGCUCCGCGCCUAACCUCUCCCCGAGCAUCCCUUCCCCAAAGUUACUGCGCGCGCCCGACUCGGACGACACCAAGUCGAACAGUAAUCAUGCGAUGCUGAGGAAUAAUCCCGGAUCUGAUUUCCCUGUUGGCAUGCACAAAGGGAAAUAUUCUUUGCUCAUGCCUGAAUAUUAUCCUGCACUGGAAAUGCUAUGGCUCUCUGCACGUCCCCUUUUUCACACAAGAAUCCAAACACUGAAGAGAAAUACGAAAUAUGAAGAACAAAAUAUGAAAUAUGAAUUAAGAAAAUACUAAAUGUGAAAAUAUUAAAUAGCAAAUACUGAAUAUUAAAUAUGAAGGAAAAUCCCCACACAGAGAUAUGGUACUAUAAACCCUUCCUCUGUUUUGAUGGGGCUGUCUGGACUUCCUCUUCCACAGGGGCUCCCCACUCACACUUGCUAGCCUUCCAUCUGAAGAAGAUGGGAGAGGCUUCAGUGUUGCCCUGUCCCAACAGCUCCCUGUUUGAUUUUGGUUAAGCUGAGCUGAAGGAGUGCUGAAGCCAAUCUGCCUCUCUCUGGCAAAACCGGCUGGACAGAAGGAUCAGUGCUUCCUGGUGUGAUUGCAACUUUGGUAAAUACCUCCUUAAACAGAUCCUGUGCAUGUCUGUACACAUAUUCACAGUGCAUCCUUGGCUCUCCUUGUGUAGGCUGCAGGCAUGAGACCUGGGAAGGAGAAAAUAGAGAUUUGUGUCUCUGCAAGCAAGGUCCCAAGUUGAAGUACUCGUUUUAACAACUUGCAAGUGACCUCACCUGUGUUAUAGUGCUUCUAAAAAAUCAUGUGUGUAUAAAACCAAGACAGCCAUAAAGAAAAAAUUAAAAGUCAUAAUCUGAGCUCAACCCCAGUGCUUCCCAAGAUGCUCAGAGGUGACAUAUUUGGUUAAGCAAACAAACAAGCAAACCUUUGAAACAGCUCUUCUGCUGGUGGAGGAACAAGAAGAAGGUGUGUAUAUUGACUAUGUGAGAGUCGAUGCAUGUUCCACUGGCUGCUUCGGGGAGUCGGAUGUGAGAACCCCAGGAAAAAGGUACAUUGGCAGCCCAGCCUCUGCCGAGGUGAAAGGAGGAGGCAGCGUGUCCCAAGCCCCCAGAGAACAGUGAGCUAGGCAGUGAGGCAGGUGGCAGGGACGGUGCUCCCAGCCAGUGUGGGACCCUGCCUCUCUCCCUGGAACCCAAGAGGGGUUGUGCCCACUGCACCUUAGGGGCAGGGAAACGGAAGUCAGGUGAGGCAGUGACAGAGUUCUGGUCUUGUACCCUAGUGGUAAUGCUGGGCACUUUUGCAGAGCUACCUGUAGAAAACGUGAAAAAGAUUUAUCUUUGUUUUGCAUUCCUACUGAGUAUCCAAACCCUAGGUAUCUCAUAUGUAAAAAUGAAAAAUAAUGUAUAUACCGUUUUGUUAAUGUGUUGGAAUAUAUUUUUUAUUAUAAUGUAAUUUCAUACAAUGUAUGCUUUAUAAUUACUUUGUAUCGGUUAUCAUGCUAGAAAAUAUUUAGUUACAUCAUUAAUGUACAUAAUAUAUCUAUAUAGUACCUAUAUAAAAUAUACAUGAUACACAAUAGAACACACAUAUAAAAUUUUAUGAUUACGCAUCAAUGUGAUACAUUUGUUUAUCUAUUAUUUUUAUAUGUAUUUUAUAUUAUUUUUAUGUAAUAUGCUUAGUUGUUUAAUUAUGUUUCUUGGUUUAAUUAUAACGAAAUUAUAUGUAUAAUUCGUAUUUGUAGAAUGUAUAAAACAUGUACCAAAGAUUUAUGUUAUCUUUAGCCUGUAUUCACAGUUUUUCAUCAUAAGAAUGCCUAGAACAUAUAUUUUAUAUGUAUCUUUAAAUAUAUAUAACAUGUAACAUUAUAAAAUGUGAUUGUAACCUCUUUUUAAUUUGGGCUGCACUUUGCCCUAGAACGUGGCUUAGCUGAAUGAAGGACACCACAGGGGAUGCAGCAGUUAAGUGCCUGCAUCCCAUAUGCCUGUGGGAACCAGAAUGGACCUGCAAUCAGGUGUGGAGAUGGGAGAGAGAUAGAGCCUGAUCACACUCCUUACAGCAUAGUGUCUAUUAAACUGCACUUCCAUCCUCAAUUAGACCAGUAUUCUAGUUUUCAGAAGUUAAAUUGUUAUCUUCUCUAAGAACCAGAUUUUAUUUCAAUUUUUUAGCAUUUCCAUGAAGGCUUAUGAAACUACAGCUACAGAAAUAGUAAUAUUACAUUAUUAGUGUUAUUGUUUAUAAAGUUAGCAGGGAAAUGACACAAUUUGAGAGGCUGACUGCACCAAAUAAGCAAAGUAUGCCCUGAAAAUCUACCAGGGCUAAGUACCUAAUUGUUAUAAAUGUGCCUCACAGAGUAGGUCCGGAGCCCCUUCCCAGAACAGCCCCAUGGUGGGGACUACUCACUCCGUUAGAAGGAUGGGGAUCACCAGUGAGAUCUGCUUGGCUGCGGGACCUUCCACAGGCACUUUUUCUUCCGGCAGCAGCAGCGGCUCCAGGGCUUGGAGUCCUC